ACCAGUCCCAGCAGACGCCCACUCAGCUGACAGACGCCAUCCAGUGAGCAACUGUGGAUGGCCCACUGCUACAAAACAGCCUUCAACGUGCUGGUACUGCAAAACCAGUGAGCUCUGGACUUGUUGAAAUCACCAGGAAAUCAGACGGUGGAAUUCUUCUGAAGUACUUUCCUCAGGAAACCACAGACUUCACUACUUCAUGAGCUUGCAUCUGGUCAGGUCUGGGGAGAUCAACUUCACGGCCCAUGGAUACAUUGAUGGUAAUCUCUUCCUGCGCUACAAGGGGGACAGAAGGAGAGCAGAGGUUUUGAGGGCCAGGAUCAAGGGGCAUGCAGGAGCUGAGACCUGGGCAAGAGAAACUGAGGGCCUUUGGAAGAUGGAGGAGCAACUCAGGAGGAUACUGGCUGAGGUCACAGACCAAGACAGGGGCCUUCACACCAUCCAGGUAAUCUUAGGCUGUGAACUUCAGAGAAAUGGGAACAUUGGAGGCUUCUGGCGCCUGGGCUAUGAUGGACAGGAUGCCCUCACCUUUGACCAGAAGACUCUCACAUGGAUAAUGGCUGUGCCAUCCACUCAGCAAACCAAGACCUUCUGGGAGACACAUGCACCCAAAGCUGAUCAAGUUAAGAAUUUCUUGGAGGGCAUAUGUCCUGCUCAGCUCAAGAGACACCUGGAUUCCUUGAGGAACGCUCAGAUGGACACAGGUCCCCCAAAGUUAAAGGUGACCAGCAGGAGAUACCCAGUGGGCAGGAUCACCCUGAAAUGCAGGGCUUUUAAUUUAUAUCCUCCUGUGGCCACCCUGACCUGGCUUCAGGAUGGGAAGCCAACACAGCAGCAAACUUUUGGGCCUGGGACCGUCCUGCCCAGCGGGGAUGGGACCUACCAGACCUGGCUGUCUAUUUGGGUUCUUCCUAGUCAGGAAUCAGAGUUCACCUGCUCCCUGAGGAACCACAGCAAGAACAUUGAGGUCCCUGAUUUCUAUGGACAUCAAGACAAGACAAUCUCUGGGACCACAAGCUCUGCCUCUGCUCUGGUGGCUUCUGUUCUUUGUACCCUGUUGCUAUUGCUAGCCUGUUCCUUCUAGAGCAGCAAGAACACACAGGACAGCAAGAAACCAGGUGAGCAUCCCUGCAGGGUGUGGGAGAGGGUGGCAGGAAUGGUAGGCAAAUUGUACAGCUGAAAAGGUAGUCACAUAAGCACCAUUUUGCCAUACUGGUGAAUGGAAUGAAAUACAGAGCCACCAUCCAGGACCUGUUAACUUGCCCCACUGUUGGGAGGCAGCGCCCCCUGGUGGAUGUACGGUGCUGCUUCCCAUGUGUUCUUAGGUACACUAUGAAACACAUGGGCUCCAGAGCAGGCUGGACACCCAUGGCAAAGUCCAGAUUGUGACCACCUACAAAUGUCCCCAUGUCUUCACCACAUACAUAGAAAGCAAACAGCCCAACAAUACAGAGGGAGACCUGGUAGCCCACGAGAGGACUGAAAGCCACUCUGCCAGAUGAUGAUGUCUGCCCAAAUCAUCAUCUGGAUCGGAACAUGGAAACGUCCUCUCAAAGGCAUUUAUGAACCAUCUGGUCGAGACAGUGUGUGUAUACGUAAACACAAACAUUUAAAGGGUUUUGAAGAUAUUUUUAUCUCCAUAGAGUUCCAAUAGAGGUAUCUGGACCCCAAACCAAUCACAUAAUCCUCGAACUACAGUCUAUUCUGACUAUGGGAUGUGCUGGGGUAAGGGUGACAUAGAGAUUGUGGGAGUGGCCAACCAAUGACUGGUCCAGCCUCAGACCCACGUCAUGAACCCACUCCUGACACUGCCUACAGUGAUAGGACACAGAGGCUGGAUGACCCAGAGACUUAGGAUAGAACCAAAUAUGACCAUAGAGAAAGAAGUCAAUGUAACGAUGCCUAGUGAUAUUCUGCUAUACUCAUAAAUCGGUACCUAGCCCAGUGGUCAUCAGAGGGGCUUCAUACAGAAACUAUAGAAACAGAUGCAGAGACCCACAAAUGCAGAGUCAAACAUUAGGCUGAGUUCAGGGAAUCCAGAUGAAGAGAGAAACAAAGGAUUGUAGGAUCCAGAGAGGUCAAGGACAUCACAAGAAAACCUACAGAAUUAACUAACUUGGACCCAUAGGAGCUCACAGACUCUGAAUCAACAACUAGAGAACCUACAUGGGAGUGACCCAGCCCCUCUGCAAAUAUGGGACAGUUGAGUGUCUUGGUCCUCUUGUGGUACUCCUAACAGUAAAAGCAGGCACUGUCUCUGCCUCUUUUGCUGGCUUUUGGAACCCUUCUCCUCAUACUGGGUCACCUUGCACAGCUUUAAUACAUGGGGAGGUGCUUAGUCUUACUACAACUCCAUAUGUUAUGUUUUGCCAAUAUUCAUGAGAGGCCAGCCCUUUUCUCAAUAAAAAUUAAUGAGGGGUAAAUCCAUUGGUGGAGCACAAGAAGGGGUCGGGGAGGAACUGGGAGGAUAGGAGAGAGGGAAAACUUCAGUCCAAAUGUAAAAUUAGUUAGUUAAUUAAUUAAUUAAAUUAAAAAUGACUAUAAUGUAUGUCAAAUCAAGAUUUAUUUUUAAAUAUCUGGCUUUUAAAAAUAGUACAUGAUAGUGGUAAGUAUCAGGUUGAGGUAACUGGUCUUCUUCAGUGGUUUUCAACCUAUGGGUCAUGACCCCUUUGGGGACACAUAUCAAAUAUUCCACAGAACAGAUAUUUAUAUUAUAAUUCACAACAGUGGAAAAAUUGCAGUUAUAAAUUAUCAACAGAAUAAUUUUAUGGUUGGAGGUCACUACAACAAGAGGAACUGUGUUAAAGGGUCACAGUAUUAGGAAGGUUGAGAACCACUGUUCUCAAUGUUUUCUUAUGUGCGGCCUGGUAUUCUCUCUCUACCUAUACUGUGAUAUCAUCAACCAUUCCUAUCUAUCAUUGAUGGGUCUGUAGGGAUGUGUCCCUCCCAUCUCAGUGACCUGUUAUGCCUAUAAAUUUGGUAGGGGUUGGAUAUACACUUUUCAUACAUUAUCAAUUCCUUCAUCCCUUGAGAUUUCCAAUUCCUAAUU